GUCAGUGCCAAACCUGAACCAGAAGAAGACAACGCGGCGGUUCCGUGUUCAAAACUACAAGAGACAAGACUGUAGGCGAGAGUUGCGGUCGGUACUUACUUGUUUUUCUUCUAAGGAAGGAGGAAAAAUACAUUUGCAAAAAGCCCAGAAUGUCAGAUGGGAAACCGUGUAAAGUGUGCAAUUUCACGCGACAGAAGUCAUAUGGGUUGGCAGUUCCGUCACUGGAGGAGCUGAAGGUAAAAGGUAAGUUAUCAUAGACGGUUUUUAACUUGUACACAGUGUUGUCAUUGGAGUAGAAAGUACAACAAUGUGGCUUCUGUUUAAAAUAGAGACUGUGCCUAAAAUGAGAUGAUUCAGAGGAUUCAGGCUAACCCACUCUAAGCUGUCAUCUUGAUUUAUUACUGGUCUAUUGUUAUUAUAACUAAGUAGCGGGUUGUUGUUUAAUAUACUGGUGCGUCACAAAUAUGCUCUAUGGAUCUUCAGGACUGUGAUCAGCCUGUAGCAGUACUGCCAUGAUGAUUUUACUGCACACUUUAGCUCACUUAUCUGUCAUGAUCGCAAAUGAGCUCUACGCGGCUACAUUUUCGUCGUGUUCUAACUUGCAGGGACUAAACUUGAGAAGUUAGGAAAGAAAGAUUUCCCUCCAGCUCUGCUCAUUCUUUGAAUACUAGUCACCAGGCGUUGCCCAGAUCAUUGCACUGCUUACGGUCUCUGUCCACUGGAGAUGCCUGCUUACAACGUGUAUUACAUAUGCAUAAGUGGGUUUUAACAAAGGCUGCAGUCGAAGGUAAACGUUUUUAAUGCCAAAAUGGAUCCUGAAUGGCAUAAAAAAGUAACCUCAGGCAGUUCUUUUACACAGUAAGCCACCAAGGUUGUGGGUGUGAAGCUGAAACUACUGUUGCACUUGAAAUUUGCUGAUUGUUGAGACACGUGAAGUGUACAGUUGCUCUUCUCCUACCCCAGGGUGCGAGUUUCUUGGUUUCAACCCCAGCGAACCAGUCACAGUGGUCCUGGAGGAUGAUGGGACGAUAGUAGCGGAUCAGGGCUACUUUCUGUGUUUACCCACAAACACAAAGUUCAUGCUGCUGCAUGAGAGAGAGGCAUGGUCUCCAGUCCGCAGGAGUAAGCAGAUCAUUUCUGUAUGAGAUUUAAACACAACAUAGAGUCCUGUGUUUAGGUACUGAAUUACUUCUUGUUGCAGUGGAUGGUGGCACCGCCUGGAUGGCCAGGGACUCUGUUUUGCUAGAGACUGACACGGUAGACACGUCAGGUUCUGCAGCACCAUGGUGGGACUUGGCUCAGCAGCUGAGGCAGGAUCUUACCAGCAUCAUCCUCAUGUCUGAAGCAGAUUUACAGGUAUUAACACUGUUUCUGGAAGCGUUUCCUGUCAUGACGUGUGAAAACAGAAAAAAAAGGCUUCAGUUGAAAACCACUUUACUUUGUGAAAAUAAUCUUACUUACUUGACUUCUGUGUUUAUUCCUGUAUUUUUUUCUGUUUCCCUUUUAAUGUCAGUGUCAGAUAAACACCAUCAGUAUUGUUCCUAAAUUUAAAGUAUAUUAUUACACUGCAGUGUUGAAUGCCUGAUUCUGAUCGGCCAGUUAUGUAUAUAAGAGAUCUGCUACUCCUUGAAAAGAGAGCACUGCUUGAAUGACCAGAGCUCUGCUAGGGCACAGCUAGAAUCACAGAUUUCAAAGGACUGUAAUAAAAGGAAGUCACAGAAAGACAUCUAGCACAUUCGAAGUUGGUCUGUUUGACUAUAUUUUAUGUUUGUUCCUUACUUACUGCUUUAAGUGUGAUUUGUAUCAUCUGUGUCAGUCCUUAGUGGAUGCCCCAGGUCCUGAACUAGCAUCUGCUCUAGGAUUCCAAGAGAAGAGGACGGCAGACCUCCAAGAGACACUGCAGAGGGUUCUGGACCGACGAGAAGAGGAGAGGCAAUCCAAGGAGUUGCUCCAGCUUUACCUCCAACAUGUGGAGAAAGAGGAUGAACAGCAAGGAGAGCAAAGUCAGCCUGGUCAGGAAGGUACAGAUGUAUCAAUAGAUGGAAAUCUCACUGUUGGAUUUGUGGAUCACGGCUUGCUUGCAUCAUAAAUAGACCAGAAAAUAUUUGCCUGUUUAGUGUACAUGAGUUAAAGACAAAGUCAACAUAUUAAGCUGUAAGGACUGGAAAUCUGAUUAAGAAACCUAAAAGACAUUCUUGAUGAAUACUUUCAGUUUUUUUCAGCUACAAUAACCAAUUUUAUCUAAACACAAAGGUCAAAUUUAAUUGGAUUUACCUGUAAAUUUACAGUGUUCAUUGAGGUAUAAGCUAGUGUGACUCAUUUUUUUUUCCAGAGCCUUGUAAUUCCUGGAUUGCGUUUAUCUAGAGAGCUGUGUGUGUCCCUUUUGGUCACUAGGUGGAAGCAGUGCUGCUGCUAAAUGAUGUCACUUGCUGUAGUGAUUUAUUACAAAUAUUCUUUCUUAUAACAAAUAAGGCUGAAAGUGAACCUUUUUGAUGUGACAGGGGCUGCAGCUGAAGAUGUGACAGAUGCAAUGGAGGUGGACUCUGCAUCCGGAUUUGUGUGCAGGACACUGAUGGUACUCAAAGGCAAAACAAGCCCAGAGACUAGACUUUCUACCGAGGACCUGCAGGUAAUCCACUGACAUUACUGAUCUGAGAGUGCCUCAAAACAUUCACACAUUCACAUAUACUAUUGGAGUUCAUCCAUGUGCAUAUGAAUUCACCAUACAUUACUGGAAAUGCCUCUGAAAAUUUAGUCUUUAGAAACUUUACAUAGUAAACGCAGUGCAACCUGAUUGAAACAGAGAAACAAAGGUGCAUUUACGUGUCUUAUCAAUGCGGGACUGCUCUUUCUCUGUGCUAUACAUUUAUUUAUUUCAAUAUCUAACUUUAUAAAUGAUGAAGAAAUGUGUAAAACUGCAAGUCUAGAGCCAACGUAGGCAAACUUAAUUAGAGACACUUAGAUAAUCCAAAGGCUUUAACAUUAUGUCUGCUUGUGUUUGUGUACUCAAGGGAGGUAAAAUGUCUGACAACUCAUUUGGUCUGAUACUCCAGCAACACUAACUCUAUUUUAAUUGUGUUUGUCUUUGUUUUAAUGUAACAAAACAUAAAAAAAUAGAGGAAGAGAAGGGUUAUAACUUGGUAAAGACAUUCAUUACAUCAGUAUGUAAAUGUGAGUUAAAGAAAAGAGUAAAAAGGCUUAUAGGUUCACCUACCCCUGCAUUUUCAGAUGGUUGUGAGCAGAGGAGUGGACUCAAUGGUACCUGUGCUAGGCUGGGACAGAACAAGGACAUCUGCCCUGCUGUCGGCCUGUGAAGCUGAGCUGACCAAACGUCUCCAGCAGGUUCAGGCUGUGCAAUCCAUCAGGAGCAACACACACCCGAACAGCAGCCAGGAGAACGAAGAGGAGAGUGCAGAAGCCCCAGCUGAAGGCAGCAACUAGGCUGAGACUUCACCUGAGCAGGGACCGAUAAGAAUGACACAGCCGGCUUCGGGGUCAGUGGAAUGGGAUUCCCCAUUGUGUUACUGAUGAUAUCCAUAAUACUGGAAUCUAUGAAUACUAACAAUGUUGAUUUUUCAACCACUGUGUUCAAUGUGAAAACCUUAAGCAUCAAGAGGGAACAGGGUGAUUACAUGUAUAUCAAAGGCAAGCUCACAUUUACUACUUGCAGUAAAUUUUUGUAGACUUUUUAUUUUUAUUUUGAUGGAGCCAAUAAACCUUUGAAAACAAAUACAUGUAUGAACAUAAAAUUGUUACAGACAAUCAUACACAUUUAAAACCAAAAACAAUUAGGAGAAAGAUGAUCUGUUUCUGUUUUAGAUAACAGUUGAAUGAGUCUGCGUCAAUUAAGUUUCAAUCUGGAGCAAGAGCUUGCUAGUGAAACAUAACAAUAUGCUAGCCUAGCUCUGUCAGGGGUCCAAUUCCCACCUGCCAAAGACCUCAUAUCCUCUAGUGGUCUCAUUAUCUCCUGGGCAACCUUAAAGGUCUGACUAGACCCCAGGAAGAACAGAUAAGUGAUAGCCCUGCACAUACCCCCAUGAAAAAUAUAACAAAAGAUAAGAUGUAUAGUAUUGACAUGAUGUCUUUAUCUUCUGUAGAACUAGGCAAGGUUCAGCUGUGCUCUUUAGUAGACUCAACUUCAGUUAGUUGAUGUCCAUGAAAGAAAUACCCUCCAGCAAAUAAGGAUGUCACCAGAAAGUGUCAUUUUUGCUGAUAGGUGUGAUUCAAAAUGUUUAUUUAAAAGCAGCCUCCACGUAUUGUUGUUUACAUUCUGCUCUGACUGAAAAACUCCAAUUUAAGACUGAGUGUGAAGAUCACUGUUCUUCAUUCAGAAACACCAGAUAAAACACAGGCAGGAAAAAUACUUUGAGAAACAUUGUGGAGCAUUAGUAUUUGAUUAGUGAAAAUGGUUAAAGACUGUGAACCAGGAAAAUAUAUUUUUUUACCUUUUCAGAAAUCCUUUUUCUCUUGCUGCCAUUCAUUCAGAAAAUGAUUCUUACCUGUGUGUUCUUAUUUGAUCAGCCAAGGUUGAUCCUCUCUCUUGUAACGUGCUCCAACUCGUUAUCAACCUGAGUAACUCCUGCGAAAAGAGAAAAAUCUAAUGCUGCUCUGCCAAAGCGUUUCAAUUUUUUCAAUUAGUUUUAGAAGGUGAUUGUAGACUCUUAGUGUCAAGAAAUUUAUAACUUAUAAUGGAAAUGCCAAAAUGUCUUAAAAAAGACAAGUUUCCCUUCAGGGCACUCAUAUUUGCAGGAAUACUCACAGACCCAAGAGAGACAUUUCAUUUCUAUUUUGUACCUGCUUUUUCAUGUCUCCACUGGUGUAAAACUCCUUUUCAACCUAUUCAUGUCAAAAAAAAAACAGCAAAAAUUGAGGAAGACAUGAAAUGUACACAAACAACUGCAUGCUGGAUCAUAAUGAGAGUAGAUUAAAGCUAUCUUUAUAAGUCGUCGAGUGUUUGAAUGCUACACUAACUCAUUGAUUAUUCUGACAAUGAAAAGACAAGACAAACUGUACAUCACUUCGACCAUGUAAGCCUCACUGAACUCAUCAUAAUGACAUUAUUGAUUAGUAUGAUUUUGAGAACCAAUCACAGAUCGUUUGUAGUUCAUGGUAUUGAAGUUAUGUAUCAUCCCUUUGGCAGUGUGAUGUAGGAUGGUGUAUGUAAUGUGUAUUUGUCCGUGUGACUCAUAGGUCAUGUAGGAAAUGGCCUGUUACAUGCCUGUCAUCAGGCAGAACAGUUUGCACGAAUGAGCAGAUUGAAAUUUUGUCGAAGGAUCAUAUUUUUGUAUUUGGAUGACAAUGACAAGUUGCUAUCAGCUUGUGCUCAGGUAUUAGAUAUCCAGCAAACUGGGGUAUUCAUCAAGAUUUCUUCUGUGCAAGGUAUCAUGAUGACAAAAAUUUUACACUUCAAGGUGUCACACCGUUUCACAACAAGGAACCUGUUGUGGAGUCUGCUGUUUUACAACCCACUGGAAAUGCCUGGACAGUUUUUACAUUGUACAUUUCUUUCAAACAAAUGUCAAGUCACACAUGACUUUACAGUGUGUGGUUUAAGGUACAGAUUUUGAAAAUGUUGUAUGGUGGUAUAAGGGAUUCUCUUAAUUAAACUGUUCAUCAGACAGUCAAAGCUGCUGUUGUUCUCACCUUUUUUAAUCACAGUAAAGCAAAUGGAUAUGUUUGAACAAGAAA